AUGACAUACUUGGUUAACAUUACUUUUCUCAUUUCCGUAAUUAUUUUUUGCUACUUUUUCCGCAACAAAAAUGGUCUCCCAACUAAUUGGCCUCUUGUUGGGAUGCUUCCUGCACUCUUCCAAAAUUUUCACAGAAUCAAUGAAUUUUUCAAUGAAAUUAUGGAGAAAUCAUCUGAGCUAACGUUUCUAUUUAAGGGCCCUUGGUUCAGCAACAUGAACAUUAUAAUUACCGUUGAUCCUUCCAACUUUCACAUGUGCUUAGCAAGAGCGAGCUUCGUAAAUUAUGUCAAAGGCCCUAAAUUUAACGAAAUUUUCGAAUUUCUUGGAGAUGGGAUCUUUAACUCGGAUUUUAGUUUGUGGCAGUACCAUCGAAGAUUGGCUCAUUCUUUCUUCGGCCAUCCCAAAUUCAAUUCAAUUUUUAUGAUGAAAAUUUGGGAAGAGAUGAAGAGUAGACUCAUCCCAUUGCUCGAUAAUGUCUCUAAGCAUGGUGUUGAAAUCAACUUGCAUAAUAUAUUUAAAAGGUUUUCUUAUGAUAAUGUAUGUAACAUUAUCUUGGACUAUGACCCUAAAUUUCUCUCACUCGAUUUGGCACCUAUUCCACUCUUCCAAGCCGUGAUUGAUGUAGAAGAGGUGAUUUUUCGGCGUCAUGCUAUGCCAACAUCUAUGUGGAAAUUUCUAAGAUGGUUGGGUGUAGGAGAAGAGAAAUACCAAAAAGAUUGCCAGAUGCUUUACGAUUUCACUAACAAGGUCAUAGCUAUGAAGAGAGAAGAAAGGAAACUCGGUAACCCUAAAGAAGAAAGUGAGGUAAUAUUCCACGACUUAUUGACAAUUUAUUUGAAUGAUGUAGAAAAUCCCACUACUCCAAUAAAUAGCAGUAAUUGUGAUAAUUUUUUAAAAGACGCGAUUUUGAAUUUGUUAAUUGCUGGAGGAGAUACAAUUGGUGUUACUUUAUCUUGGUUAUUUUACCUUCUCACUAAGAACCCCCUUGUUACUAAUAAGAUUAGAGAGGAAUUGAAUGUUGUAAUGGUAAAAAGAGAUGAUGAAAAUAAUAAUGACGAUUUUUUAAGGAAGUUUACUAAGCACAAAAAUGAGCUAGUAUAUCUUCAUGGUGCAAUAUGUGAAACAUUAAGAUUAUAUCCUUCUGUGCCAUUCAACCACAAGAAUUCAGUUGAAUCGGACAUACUUCCCAGUGGUCAUCGAAUGAAGCCGGAUAUGCAAAUCCUCUUCAACAUGUAUGCCCAGGGAAGGAUGAAAUCAAUUUGGGGAGAUGAUUGUUACGAGUUUAAGCCCGAGAGAUGGAUAACGGAACGAGGAAACAUUAAGUUCGAGCCUUCGUACAAGUUUUCGGCAUUCGGGGCAGGGCCCAGGAUUUGUCAAGGAAAGGACAUGGCUUUAACCCAAAUAAAGAUUGUAGCAGCUGCCAUAAUCCGAAGGUAUGAUAUAGAAGUUGUCCAAGGACAUCAAGUUGUUCCUGGUGUCUCCCUUAAACUUCAAAUGAAACAUGGUUUUAAGGUUAAACUUAUUCGAUGUUAA